CGCUCGGUCCGGCGGCGGCGCUACACAUUGAAAGCUUGCGACAUGCCGCGGAGGUGCUCAGUCGCGCGCCAACUCUCGUGAGAGCCACUAGCUGCUUUGAUAAGCUCCUCGCUGACUCUGCGUCGUCGUCGUCGUCGUCGCCGUUUUGUAGUCGUCGUCGUCGUCGUCGUCGUCGUCGUCGUCGCAUGUGUGUCUUGCGAGCCAUCAGCCGCUCGGAUCUUUAGCUCAUUUAUUGGCAGUGUCGAUCCACGUGAGCCAGCUCCACGAGUCGUGUGUGUAUACGCGCGUGUCGUCUGCUACGUCUUUUGCUGCGGCAGAAGUGACUGUUGCCUCUGAAAGUGCGAAAACUGUGUGUUCCUAUUGCGAACAACUUGUGCUGAGUUUGUAAAAGAGGUAUUGAGGGGAGGAUCGAGGACUGAGCUACUGGACACUCGGAGCACCGGACUCCUCUAUUUAUGUUGCGAUAGUCUCUGUGAUGUGUGAUUGAUCCGCUGAAAGUGCGAUGGAGUCCCCGAACAUGUACGACACGCAAGCCCACCAAGUGGGCCAGCAGCAACUGCAGGCCGAGCUCAAAAAGUCCGGCCAGCUUCUCGGCCAGAACAACAACAACAACAACAACAACAACAAUAACAACAACAACAACAACUCGAGCCUGCAGGUAAAUCACAAUCAGCAAACGAAUGGCGUUAGCAAAGUAUCGGCCUCAAAAGCCACUCUUCACCAACAGUAUGCGGAGCACUGCGCCGCGGCCGGUGAACUGACCGACCUGAACACCCCGGAGAUCUCUCUGGACCUGCAGCACCUCAUCGACGACUCGCACUUCAACGACGGCCUCCUGGACAUGCUCGGGGCCGGCAACAACGGCAGCGUCAAGCACGCCCGGCUCCCGGCCGGCAACGCCGCGGCCGCGGCCGCUGGCUACCCCAGGGCCGCGGCCCUGGCCUACAUGCCCCAGCCCGUGCACAGCGCGGCCAGCUAUCACCACGGCAGCAACAGCUGCAGCGACAGCAACAGCUCGAGCAGCGAGUCGCCGAGCAUCAAGGAGGAGCCGCUCGACCCGGCGGACUACCGCAGGCACUGCCAGCAGUACACGCCCGGCGGCUACAACCCCGCCGGGCCCUUCGCCAACGGCGGCCCGACCUUCACCACGCUCACGCCCUCCAGCCUGCCCGGCCACCCGGGCGUCCACCAGCAGCAGCAGCAGCAGCAGCAGCAGCCGCAACAGCAGCAGCAGCAGGGCCGCGCCGGGCCGAUGAAGCCCGUGAUGCAGGCGCACCAACAGCACGCGGGCAUGCCCGGAGCCGUGAGUUCGCGCAAGCAGAGCAAGUCCGUGGACAAGGCCAGCGACGAGUACAGGCGGCGCCGCGAGCGCAACAACAUCGCCGUGCGCAAGAGCCGGGAGAAGGCGAAGGUGCGCUCGCGCGAGACCGAGGAGCGCGUGAAGCAUCUCGUGAAGGAGAACGACGUGCUGAGGAAGAAGGUGGAGAUACUCUCGGAGGAGCUGAACGUCCUCAGGUCGCUCUUCAGCAGCGUCGGCGUGCUACCGGAACAGCUGCAGCGCGAGAUCUCCAGGCACAUCGACCAGUUUCAGCAGCACGUGGGCGGACCGACGAUGUAGCAGCGGAGCCGUGCUUUAUAGGCUAUAGGCUGCCGCUGAACAAGGCUCGUCUUACUUAUCAUAAACACACACACACACACGCGCACACACACACACACAAACGGCCGGUGAGGACCACCGGAGCUUCCAAAGGAAUCCGGCUAUGAGCGCCAGGAAGAGAGACACGCGGAACGCGGACAUGCCGCGGCAUCGUUCCGCGAGUGCUGACGCGCUGUAUAUGUCGAUGGACGCUCUUUGCCGUUGUUUUUACGU